ACCUGGCACAGCACUCCGCCGCACCUUCAUUGCCUGCUGCAACUUGAUUGCUCCUCGACAUUCAUUCCCUGUGACCUACAAGACGGCUGCACACUCUUUCCCACCCCUCAUACAACUUCUUUCUGGACUGGAUCCUUCCUAUAAUCCAUCAUGAGGUUUUCCUUCGCUAUCGCCACCGGCCUUUUGGCUGCGUGCUCUACCGCUUUUGCCGCUCCGCAACCCAAGGGCGAGGGCUUCAUCGGCAAGACCGUCAUUCCCGCAAAUCACUCCAACGACACCAAGGAGUACAUCAUCACCUUCAUGCGCAAUGAGACUAUCCCCAAGGGAGUCGAGGAAUAUCUUGAAAUGAUGCAGCUCAAGGGCCAGGACGUUGUCAAGUUCCAAUCGACCAACAAUUACACAAAAGUUUGGGUCUUUGAAAUGUGCGAUGACCAUGCCAAGGCUUUCCAGAAUCUGACUGAAGUUGCCUACGUCGAAGAGAAGGCCAUGAUUGAAUCGUUUGCUACCCAAAAAUCUGGCGCCCCGUGGGGUCUACAGCGAAUCUCCAACGAAGCCGGUGCAUCUGGUUCCCCACAGGGCCAGGACUUCACCUACUCGUUUACCAAUGAAACCCUCGGCGCUGGUGUUGAUAUCUAUGUCAUCGACACGGGUGUGCGAACCUCCCACGCUGUCUUUACAGGCCGUGCCACAGAGGGCUUUACAGCCACUGGAUCAUUUGUUGAUGGUGAUGGUCACGGCACUCAUGUCGCUGGUACUGCCGGUGGCGCCAAGUUUGGUGUCGCUCAAGGUGCCAACAUCAUCGAGGUGAAGGUACUUGGUGACGACGGUUCUGGGUCCUCCACGGAUACCAUUGCUGGUAUGGACUGGGUCAUCAGCAAUCACGAGAAGCGCAAGACCCAGCCGGGCUUCGUUGGCUCCAUCAUGAGCAUGUCUUGGGGUCUCAAGGGAACGGCCAACUCUGUCGAUGAAGUCAUCGCCGGUGCUUCCCAGGCCGGUAUUCACAUCUCCGUCGCCGCUGGAAAUGAUGGUGCCGAUGCGUGCGGCUCUACUCCCGCUCAUCUUGGUGGAGCAAACUCCGACGUUGUCACUGUCGGUUCCGUCAACAUCAACAACCAAGUGUCUACCUUCUCCAACAUUGGCAAAUGUGUCGACAUAUACGCCCCUGGUGAACAGAUCCUUAGCGCCUGGAGCACCGGCGACACCAUCAUCAACUUCCUGUCUGGUACCUCGAUGGCGUGCCCCCACACUACCGGUGUCAUGGCCGUUCUCCUGUCUCAGGACGUUGCCGGACUUGGUCAGAACCCAGCUGCGCUCAAGGCCAAACUUCUAAAGACUGCCCGAGAGGGCAAGAUCACUGGACGCACUGGUGGAAGCGCCAACCUCCUUCUUAGCAACGGUGUCGAUGGGGGUGUUGCUAAGCGUCUUGUCAAGAAUUACGUCGUCCCCGAUCACAGUGGAAGCCCAGCUGCACGCGCCGCCGCCGCCAUGGCCAACGACAUUACCAUUGAUGGGAGGUUCCAGCUUCACUCUCGUGACGCACAACUCAGAUUCUAAGAAAUUCAUCGCAACAGUGUAGCAGCAGUGGAUGAAACGAUACCCUGAUUCCUAAGCGCACAAAAG